AACAAUGUAAAACACACACUCGACACUUGUCGGCUCCUCCAAGCCCUAAUGCCCCCAUCACCAAGUAAACUUCAUUUCCUAUUCCUACACCCCCUUUCUCUCUCUACAUUCUCUCUCAACCCUCUGCCUCAUCCUCCUCCUCCUCCUCCUUCUGGCUCCUCUGUUUUCACCUGUUUUUCCUAGAAUUACUCAUUCUAAUUUCAUUUUUCAGAUCCUUUUGUUGAUUGUUAUCUUUUUUUACUGAUCCUUACUGUCUGGAUUGAGCUUGGAUCAGUUUUGGGACAGUGUCACGUUCAGAUUUUAGAAAAUGGGGAGUAAUUUGAACUUCAAAAACUUCGGAGGCAGCCAGCAGGGCGAUGGCAGCGGUAGGCCUCCAGGAAACAUGCCCUUGGUGAGACAAGGGUCGAUCUACUCGCUGACCUUUGACGAGUUCCAGAGCACCAUGGGAGGCAUAGGAAAGGACUUUGGGUCGAUGAACAUGGAUGAAUUGUUGAAGAACAUUUGGAGUGCUGAAGAGGCCCAAACUAUGGCUGCGGUAGCAGCAGCAACGGCGCCACCGAUUAGUGUGCAAGAAGGGGUUGUGGCUGGUGGAUAUUUGCAGAGACAGGGAUCUUUAACGUUACCGCGGACAUUGAGUCAGAAGACGGUAGACGAAGUCUGGAAGGAUAUGUCAAAAGAGUACGGUGGUGGAGCUAAGGAUGGAAGUGGAGCUGGAGGAUCGAAUUUGCCUCAAAGGCAGCCGACUCUGGGAGAGAUGACUCUUGAGGAGUUUCUGGUGAGGGCAGGUGUGGUGAGGGAGGAUACUCAAUUGGCAGGAAAGCCUAAUAAUGGAGGGUUUUUUGGUGAUUUAGCGAAUUUGGGUAACGGCAAUGGUUUAGGCAUUGCAUUUCAACAAAUGGGUCAAAACACAGGAUUGAUGGGAAACCCUCGGAUUACUGAAAGUAAUAAUCAAAUUUCCACGCAAUCACCUAUUUUGCCAUUGAAUGUUAAUGGGGUCAGAUCUACCCAGCAGCAGCCACAACAGCUGCAACAACUGCAACAGCUGCAACAACGGUCAUCACAGCAGCAACUCUUUCCAAAGCAGGCUCCGGUAACCUAUACCACUCCGGUUUCUGUACAAAGUAAUAGCCAGCUGUGUAACCCAGGAAUUAGAAAUGGGAUGGUUGGAAUUUCGGAUUCCGGUAUAAAUGGUAAUCUGGUUCAGAGUAGUGUGCUUCAUGGUGGCGGGAUGGGAAUGGUUGGUUUGGGAGCUGGGGGUGCUACCAUUGCAAGUGGAUCUCCUGCCAAUCAGUCAUCAGAUGGGAUUGGGAAGAGUAAUGGGGAUACAUCUUCCGUUUCACCUGUUCCCUAUGCAUUUAAUGGAGGUAUAAGAGGAAGGAAAUGCAGUGGGGCUGUAGAGAAGGUUAUUGAAAGGAGACAGAGGAGAAUGAUAAAGAAUAGAGAAUCAGCUGCUAGAUCACGGGCUCGUAAACAGGCUUAUACUAUGGAAUUGGAAGCAGAGGUUGCAAAAUUGAAAGAGAAGAAUGAGGAAUUGGAGAAGAAACAGGCUGAAAUGAUGGAAAUGCAGAAAAAUCAGAAUGGUUAGGAGCCGGGGCUCUCUCACACUGACACUCACAAACUCUUACUCGGUAACCAAUUGAAAAUUUCCACCUUUUGAGGAAUUCAUGUAAGAGGGGGGAAUAUUAGACGCAUGUUUCUCAAAUUUUUAUGCAAACAGGUUAUGGAGAUGAUGAAUCUGCAACGAGAAGUAAAGAAACGUUGCUUGAGACGCACACUGACUGGCCCCUGGUGAAGUAAAAUGUCAUGGUUGCAGCCCGACUAUAUUUGUUAGGUGACUGUACAUAUUUAAGGGAAUUGUUUGCUGUGCUGCUGUACAUUAGGAAGAGAGUUUUAGUAUUGUUGUAGAUUGAACUUUGCCAUUUCUGUAGUCUUUUUUGUUUUGCUUCUGUCAUGAACAUCGUGCUUAGAGAGGGGGCAAGGGAAAGAAAAUAUGAUGUCCAUUACAUAUCUUUUGAUAUACAUUAUAGAAUAUUUAUCGUUCCCUAUCA